UCCAGUGGGGAGAUUUAGUUUUGAUAUUAGUAGUUUGUAAUAGUGUCCACAUGGAGGCAUUAUAGACCGUCACUUUGUGCUCGCGGUUCAUAAUCUGCAGCUCCUCCCAGAUUCACCGGAUGAAUAUUUCUCAGGCGAUCAAGACAAAGAAACGAGACGAGGCAGUGAGAAAGACGCACGGGGAAUCAUGUGUGCUGCGUUUGAACUCAUCGAUUCUCAUUUUUGAAAGGAUCUGGUUUCUUUGUUCAAUGUGGAUGGAUGGAAUUAUGCUUCUCCCGGACAGAUCGAGCGCUUUGUGGAUUUAUUGUGCCGUUGCUCUGCUGGGUUGUUUCUGGGAAGCGGUUUCUGCUCAGCUGUCUUACUCCGUUUCAGAGGAGGCGAAUCUGGGGACUGUUGUUGGAAAUGUCGCAAAAGAUUUGAACCUAAACGUGCAGGAUUUGCAGUCCCGCAUGUUCCAGAUCGUUGCGGGAUCAAAGAGAAAGUACUUCGAGGUAAAUCUAAAGACUGGUGCGCUCUACGUGAGCGAGAGAAUAGACAGAGAGGAGCUCUGCGGCCAUGAAGCGAAGUGUUCAAUUACGGUAGAAGCGGUGAUUAAUAAUCCUCUCAAACUGUACCGCAUUGAAAUCACAGUAUUAGAUGUAAAUGAUAAUUCUCCUGUGUUUCAAAGCGAAUCUCAACGGAUCAACAUUAGUGAAAACACAUCAGCAGGGAAAAGAUUUCCACUGCAUUCAGCUGACGAUGCAGACUAUGAAAGAAAUUCAGUGACUGCCUACAAACUGAGCCCGAAUGAAUAUUUUUCUCUUGUAACGCAAAAGGGGGAGAAGGCCGUCCCUGAACUGGUUCUUCAAAAAUCUUUAGACCGAGAAAAGGAAUCAGUGAUUCAUCUUACAUUGACCGCCAUAGACGGUGGAACCCCUCCUAAGUCUGGAAUGAUAUCCGUAAUCGUCACUGUUCUGGACAUCAAUGAUAAUGCUCCUGUUUUUAGUCAAUCGCUGUACAAAGCCACUGUACAGGAAAAUGCUAAAAUUGGUACAACAAUAAUACAAUUAAAUGCAACUGAUUUGGAUUCGGGGCUUAAUGGAGAGGUUUUAUAUUCAUUUAGUGAAGUAGGUCGAGGGAAACAAGCUAAAAUAUUUCACAUAGAUGAAAAAAGUGGUAUUGUUACAAUUAAAAAAAACAUAGACUUUGAAGAGAACAGUGCUUUUGAGAUUCGAGUUCAAGCCAGUGAUCAUGCUCUUUCACCAAUGACCUCUGAUGCAAAAUUAUUAAUAGAAGUUGUAGAUGUAAAUGACAAUGCUCCAGAAAUUUCUGUCACUUCACUUUUAAACUCUGUCAAAGAGGAUGUAAGCAUUGGUACUGCUAUUGCUCUCGUGUCUGUGUUUGACAAAGAUAGUGGAAAAAACGGGAUGAUCACUUGUAAAAUCUCCAACGACGUCCCAUUUAAAUUAGAAAACAAUUAUAAAAACUACUACUCCUUAGUCGUGGACGGUGAGCUCGACAGAGAGACCGCUCCUCAAUACAAUAUAAGCAUCACUGCUGCAGAUGAAGGGAGACCUCCUCUGUCCAGCACGAGUGUGAUUCAUGUUCAAGUUUCAGACAUAAACGACAACAGACCUCUGUUUACAGAAAACACGAUAAACAUAUUUAUGAAGGAAAACAGUCCAUCAGGAACUGUUUUAAAAACUGUGUCAGCAGUUGAUGCAGACAUUGAUCAAAAUGGACGAGUGACCUAUUCUCUUUUACAUGACAACAGUAACUCAAUGCCACUGUCGACUAUGAUAAAUAUCAGGUCAGAAACAGGAGAAAUAAUCAGCCUUCAGUCUUUUGAUUAUGAGAAGCUGAAAACGUUCCAGUUCAAAGUUCAGGCCACAGACUCUGGUGUUCCUCCGCUCAGCAGCAACGUGACUGUGAACGUUUUUGUUCUGGAUGAAAAUGACAACAGUCCCUCCAUUCUUGCUCCUUACUCUGAGCACGGCUCCGUUAACAGCGAGAACAUCCCAUAUUCUGCUGAAGCGGGAUACUUUGUGGCAAAGAUCAGGGCUGUGGACGCAGACUCUGGAUACAAUGCUCUGCUUUCUUAUCACCUGUCUGAGCCCAAAGGAAACAACCUGUUCCGGAUGGGAACCAGCAGCGGGGAGAUCAGGACUAAGAGGAGAAUGAGCGACAAUGACCUGAAAAGUCACCCCUUGCUGGUGCUGGUUUGUGAUCAUGGAGAACCUUCUCUGUCAGCUACUGUGUCCAUUGAGGUGGUGGUUCUGGAAAGCAGCGCUGACAUGCAGACUCCAUUCAGACACGUGCCUCUAAAGGAGGACAGCUUCUCGGAUUUGAACCUGUACCUGCUGAUCGCCAUAGUGUCGGUGUCCGUCAUCUUUCUGCUGAGUCUCAUCAGUUUGAUGGCUGUCAGAUGCCACAGGACAGACGCAAGUUUCAGCAGGUACAGCGCUCCAAUGAUCACCACCCACCCUGACGGGAGCUGGUCUUACUCCAAAGCUACUCAGCAGUACGACGUGUGUUUCAGUUCGGAUACUCUCAAGAGUGACGUGGUGGUUUUCCCCGCACCGUUUCCUCCUGUAGAUGCAGAACUGAUCAGUAUAAACGGAGCAGACACUUUUACCAGAACUCAGACUUUACCCAACUCAGAGAAGGUAAGAACAUCACUUAUAUUUAUUCUUAUUUUAUUUAGAGACCUCAGAGUACAGCUGCUACUCUUUCACAUCCAGAGGAGCCAAUUCAGUUGGCUCAGUCAUCUGAUUCUGCUGUCUUCCUGGGGAGGGAAUCCACCCAGUGGGACAUGACUGGAAGUUGUUUCGGGCAUGUGCUACUGGGCGGAGACCUGAGAAUAGACCCAGGCUGGCCUGGGAAGGUAUUGAGGUGCCCUAGAGGAGCUGGAGGAAGUAGAUUGUAGAGGGAAGUCUUGUCAUCUUUGCUUAGAUUACUACCCCUAGAACCCUAUCCCAGAUGAACAGAAGAAAAUAAAUGGAUGGAUAGAGUAAAAACACAUCUUUUACAACUAAUUUUCAAUCCCAUAAAAAAAAA